UUUAGUGGCUUAUCCUGUUCCCCUAAGCUUCAUUGUUGUGUACUAAUGGAUGGAAAGAAACUAGAAUACAAAGGAGCCGAGGCUCUAGAGGAGCUUCAAAAGCUAACAACAGAAGCUGAUAAAGUGCAAGAAGAUUUACUGAAAGCAAUCUUAACAAGAAACAAAAAGACCGAAUACCUCCAAAAGCACAUAACAGGAGUGUCCAUGAAUGACCUAACUGAGUUCAAACAGAAGGUACCUGUCAUCACCUACAAAGACAUUUAUCCUUAUAUACAACGCAUAGCCAAUGGUGAAGACUCCUCUGUGAUUUCUGGUCACCCCAUAACGGAGAUGCUAAGCAGCUCAGGGACAUCUGGUGGAAAGCCUAAGAUAAUGCCAUCCAUUGCAGAAGAUCUUGAUCGUCGAACUUUCGUCUAUAAUUUGAUCAUGCCAAUUAUGAAUCAGUAUAUAACAGGCCUUGAUGAAGGUAAGGCGAUGUUUCUAUAUUUUGUGAAGGCAGAGAUGUCCACUCCUUGUGGUUUACCAACACGGACAGUCCUCACCAGUUAUUACAAAAGCAAGCAUUUUAAGACCCGUUCACGUGACCGUUACAACGAUCAAACGAGCCCGGAUGAAGCCAUUUUGUGUGAUGACAGCAACCAAAGCAUGUAUUGCCAGCUACUGGCAGGGCUUAUCCACCGCCAGCAAGUCACACGGCUUGGAGCCGUAUUUGCAUCAGCUAUGCUGCGUGGAAUCUCAUUCCUUGAACGCAACUGGAUCAGGCUAUGCAGCGAUAUCCGUAGCGGCCAAUUGAACCCGAUGAUAACAGAUUCUGGGUGCCGAUUAGCCAUGUCUGCUAUGAUCAAGUUAGCAGACCCACAUCAGGCAGAUGAAAUUGAAAACAUUUGCAGCCGUCGAUCAUGGAAAGGAAUAGUGUGUGACUUAUGGCCUAAGGCAAAGUAUAUUGAAGCAGUGGUUACAGGUUCUAUGUCCCAAUAUAUACCAACUCUCGAGUACUAUAGUAGGGGGAAGUUACCACUUGUGUGUACAAUGUAUGCAUCAUCUGAGUGUUACUUUGGGGUAAAUUUACAGCCUUUGUGUGAUCCUGCAAAUGUUUCAUUCACCCUCUUGCCUAACAUGGGUUACUAUGAAUUCAUUCCUUUGGGUGAUAACGAGACGUAUGGUAAUGAGGACGAAGAGAUCUCCUUGGCUAACCUGGUUGACCUGGUGCAUGUUAAAGUUGGGUUCUACUAUGAAUUGGUGGUCACAACAUUUGCCGGGCUAAACCGAUAUCGUAUUGGAGACGUGCUCCAAGUGACUGGAUUUCAUAAUCGGACCCCACAAUUUCGGUUCAUCUGCAGGAGGAAUGUCAUUCUAAGCAUAGACAGCGACAAAACUAAUGAAGAAGAUCUGCAUAAGAGCAUCAUGGCAGCAAAAAGACUUUUGGAACCGUACAAUGCUCUACUUGUAGAAUACACAAGCUACGCUGAUACAUCAUCAGUGCCAGGACACUACGUCAUAUACUGGGAGAUCAAACACUACACACCUUCGGUCCUAGAAAAGGUCACCUCUUCACUUGGCCCUAAGGUGCUUCAAGAUUGUUGUAUUGCUAUAGAAGAAGAUCUGGAUUACAUAUACAGGCGACUACGCACUAAUGAUAAAGCUAUUGGACCACUUGAGAUACGCGUGGUGAAGUCUGGCACGUUUGAGUCCCUAAUGGACUUCUUUAUCAAACAAGGAGCAUCCAUUAACCAGUAUAAAACUCCACGGUGUAUUAAGUCAGAUGCUGCACUGAAAUUGCUUAACUCUAACGUGAAGGCCUGCUUCUUUAGUCCCAGAAAUCCCACUUGGGUUCCUCUAUAAAUAUAACUAGCUACUUUAUAAUAAAGAAAAUUCUCCCUUUAGCUUGGGGAAUUUGACCGGAUGCUAUGACACUUCAAACAGUUUUGUCUAAGCUAAUAAUUUACUACCCUUUAAGGGAUCUCACUAGCUAAUUAAUAAUCUUUCCAAAGUGUUACAUCAUUGAGGAAGUAUAUCUUGUAAUCUGUAAUGAAUAUUCCUGACUACUUAUUAACUUUAAUAUGUU